AUGAGGUGUUGUUAUCGAUUAAGGGGGCAGCAGGCGGCGGUGGCGGUGGCGGCUGGGUUGGGGGAAGAAGAGCAGGGGAGGCAAACCUCGCUUCCACCAGAGCAACCAGUCUACUUGAAGCCAAGCCGAAGUCGACGCCGUAAGGCAAGUUUUCUCUUCACACGAAUGCGUGAUAAGCCGCCUGCGUACGCAUUUAAGGCGCCGCCUCUUGGAACGGCAUUACCGCUUUUUUGCAUUACGUCUUCAUCGUGUGAGUACUACGCCCUGCGACUGCCGCUUUUGAAGGCGGGUUUUAGGCGCAUUCCCACUCAGGCCAAUCUCAUUAUUCCGAGUAACCUUCUUUGGGGACGUUCCAUGCUGUUACAUUCUGGUAUGGGUGCCUCCCAUUCUUCUGCUUCCCCUCCUCCUGCACCAGCGUCCUUUUCUUCGUCGUCGUUAUGCAUGUCGCAAAAUUCAGACAUUUCUGCUGAUCUUAUCGCUCUCGACAUGUCAUCUGCUGCGAAAAAUGAGGAAGUGGCGACCCCCAACGUGGGUCGAAUGGUGUGCGAUCACCAACGCUUUAAUCACUUCCCACGCAGUCAUGUUAACGUGGGAUGUAAGUGGGGACUAACAACGUGUUUACGUCAUGCCUCUAAAUCACUUGAGGCAGCUGGAGAAAAAACAGGGCCUUACGAUUUUAUUCCACGCACGUGGUUGUAUCCAGAUGAAAAAGAAGAACUUUUAAAGGUCUUAACUGAGGCACCAGCCACACAACGUUUUAUUUGGAAACCCGCACGUGGUAGCUGUGGCCACGGUAUACUUACCUGUUUGGGUGGCGCUAAAAAUGCACCAUAUUGGGAGCGUCUGGCAGCGGAAAUUGAAAACCGCCUUUUGACGGAUCUGCCACUCUCUGGCACGGGGGGGCGUAAGUAUGUUGUGCAAGAAUAUAUUGAGGAUCCUCUAUUGCUUAACCGGCGCAAAACCGAUCUUCGUCUUUACGUGGCUGUGACCAGCUACGAUCCUUUGACCGUCUACCUUCAUGAAGAGGGUCUUGUGCGUCUGGCGGCGCAAGAAUAUUGCAGUAGUGGUGCCGAAUUUCGCUUUGAUCCCUUUCGUGAUCUCACAAAUUAUUCCGUGGGAAAACGCUGGCAUACACGCCUCAAACAGCCUUGCAGUCAAGGAGAAGAGAUGAAUACGGUAUCAGACCUUUCUUCCGCUACGAAGCCCGCGCCACCGUUAGAGCUUAAGAAAAGUCUUAAUGAACUAUGGGUGCACAUUGAUACCAUGUAUCCCCCUUCGCUGAGCAUAAUACCGAAGACAAAGCCGCCAAAUUCCAUGCUGCACCGACGCAUGUCAGAGAAAGUGAAGGAGAGCAUUGCACUUGUGAUUAUCAAGACUCUUCUAGCUGUCAAACCUCGUUUGACUGCCGCCACAUGUGGCAUAUCCUUUCCGGGUGGUUUUUUUGAGCUUUACGGAUUUGAUUUAAUGCUCGAUGCCAAGCUCAAGCCAUGGCUUGUCGAGGUGAACACGUUGCCUUCCCUUGCUAGCACCUCCCCUUUUGACUAUACGGUCAAGACGAAUGUUGUGGCCGAUCUUCUGAACCUGGCCAUGAUUGAACCAUUCGAGCGUUCUGCAUCGUGCUUUGGCGCACUGGAUGACGGUGUGUGCUGCGCUGGCCUUUUUGACCCACUCUCAAAAGAAGCUGCCGAAACUGUGCAUCGGUGGCGCGGCAGCACGAGUCGCGACAGCUUAUCGUUGAGUGAUCGUGAGACGAGGGAGGAAGUGAGCCUUCGUCUGCAGGACGAGUUGGACUUCUGCGGUGGAUUUCAGCGCAUUUUUCCACCCUUGCCUUUGUCGCAAACACCAACCAUGAUGAACGAGGUGGACGUUUUUUCCCGUUGUCUUUGUUUCUCUAAAACUGACGCUUGGGCUUUGGAGUCGUAA